CAAAUGAGCGCUAACCGCAUCGUGACCAAGCAGACCGAGUGGCUAUAUGAAGCCGCGGCGGAAGGGGCGACCGAACGAGUGAAGCAGCUUCUGAACGACAAGAAUGCAGAUGUCAACUUUCACCAGCGUGCACAGUACGGGUCAACGCCAUUGAUUGCGGCCAUUGUGGGUGGGCACAUGGAGACUGCACAAGCGUUGCUGGAAGGAGGAGCGGAUAUUUCGGCCUUGCGCACCCCCGACGCCAAUAGUCCACUCCACGAAGCGUCCUUCCGCAAGAAUCCAGGCAUGGUGCGCCUUUUGCUUCAAUACAAAGAUCAGCACACGGAAGAAGACUUGAAUGACAAAGCGAAAGACCCUCGGCGAGCGACCGGGCAAUCGUCAUGGUCCAUGAUCAACGCCAAGAAUCAAUUCGGCAACACGCCGCUGCAUGCCGCUGCAAUGGCGGGGUGUGCGGCCACAGUGCACGUGCUUUUGGACAACGGGGCAACCGUCGACGAGCUGAACAACCAACAGUCGACCCCAUUGCACCAUGCAUGCUAUUGCAUCCAUGACAACACAGACGUCGUGUCAGCGUUAAUUCGCGCCGGGGCCAACGUGAACGCCCAAGACAAAAACCAUUCGACGCCGCUGAUCGUCGCCGCCAAGAAGAACCAAGUUGGCGCGGUAUCGCUGCUUCUCAAAGCAGGCGCGAACCCGGCCGUCAAGGACGAUUCGAACCGGAAUGCGUACGCUUCCGCGGCGCUCCGCAACCACGUGCGCGCGAUGGAACUAUUGGAAGGGUUGGCACCCAAGGAGGACCCGAUCGAGUCGCCGCGAACAAGCCGCGGCCCCCUUUCGAGCGAAAUCCAAGUCUAGUGCUUGCGUGUGUCGAAUACGUCAUUACUCGUCAUCGUCUGCAAA